UAUAUACAAACAACAUGGUGGAUCAGCUGUUUUCAUUUCUUCUAAGCCGCAAGUUAUUUUUCUAAAACGGCGUAUUGUUAUGGUUUCAUAGCCAUGUGUGAAUUAAAAUGGGCUCAAUCGCAUCUGUGCUGCAAUGGCAUUGUCAAGCGUGCGGUCAGAUCAAUCCAACAGAGAGUGUAAAAUGUUUAAAAUGUGGUACAAAAAGGGUUUCGAGUCAUGACACAAAUUUACAAAAACAAUAUUACACGGGGGAUUCUUCAUCGGAUUACGCUUCUCGCACGGAAAAAAGCGGCGGCACAACACCCGGAUCAGAAGCUAUUGUUAUACCAACAACAAAUAACUUCAAUCGUGGAUGGUCGAGCGUCGGCUCCGCGCCGGGUGCGAGCCGCGCGUGGCGCUGCGCGUGCGGCCUGCGCAACGUGUCCGCGUCGUGGCGAUGCGCCGCGUGCGACUCGCUCGCUCUGCACGCACCUGUUUACAGAUUAUCCGAUGAUGAGGAACAAGCUGCAGGGAUGACGGACAAGGACAAGUCUGAUAAAGACAGUAUGAUAAGGUCCAACACCCUGGCUGUUCCGUCGUAUAAGCCCUCGUCCAGCUACUCUGAUGGCCGCCGCUUGAAUCUCGACUUGCAAUCGUUACGUUUGUCCCCGACUCAGCUCACAGACCAGGCACAUGGUGUCACACGCUCUCUGUCCCACGGUUCGGUGAUCAAUUCGCAGCACAAGUGGUGGAACAUUGAGGAAACCAGGAGCACAAUUAGCAGACCGACAAGUUUGAUGGUCUCGGAGAGAUAUGGGUGCCACGCGUCAACGUACAAUCCCAGAGAAUCUUUCUUAAGAAGUCUCCACACGGUCACAAGAAGACCGAAGAAGUGUAAUGAGAGCAAAUCCAAUUGGGAGCUAAACUAUGUGAAGGAAUAUCAAAGGGAGCAGAGCAGGGCGCUGCAUUUGAAGAAAUGGGCGUGCAGCAAAUGUACCUUAGAAAACUCGGGGAUUAGAACGCACUGUGAGGCUUGCUUAUCCCCAAGAAUAUCGCCCUUGUCUAGAAUUCCUAACUCACGUGGUCUCAGUGUCACAACUUUAGGAAGACACGAGACGUUUAACCGAGAUGGUGCUACAUCCUUACCCACAUCUGGUGGGGUAAUGAUAACUGUCCCUGAUUGGCCACAGACAGAUGGGAGUAUAAGAGAAUCCCUGAAACGGUCUGUAAGUGCGCAGAACUCACCAGAGAUAAGGCCGACGUACCGUCGCUCGUUUUCAGAGCAGACGAAUGAAAAUCGACCCAUCGGAAAAGUGAUAUCCAGUAGGCGGAGCUUGAAUGAUUAUCAGAAAUCAUUAGAAAGCUACUGCGGCUCGCUGAAAGACGAGAGGCGGGAGAGCUUGGCUGAGAAGAAAAUAGACGAGUCAAAUGCAGAAUUGGUAGAUAAGGAAUGUAGCUGGGACACGAACGCCGAGGGUGUUAUAUACGCGUUGCCCAAUAAGGGCAAGUACAAGGACUUGAACUUGCAGUUACAAGUGAACAAUAAUGGUACAAGAUACUCGUACGUGUCUGUUCAAGAUACGAAAACGGUGAUGUCGAAUUCACAGAACGAAGCGUUGUAUUCAAAUGACAUUGGUGAUGGGGACUAUGCGAGAAUAGACGAGCUGUUAGGCGCGGAGAACUGUUUGUCGCCGGUCGGUGAAAGUAAUUUAAGGACUUCUCAUAUCGGUGCGAAGGAAACCGGCAAAGUGUUCAAUAUGUUGCCGUCGAUGGGCAAAGUGUCGCAUAACCCGCGGGAGCCGUCUAAAGUGCCUUCAACACAGAUUUCUCGGGAUGCCAGCGGUCGUAUGUGGCAAUGCAGCGAGUGCUGGUUCGCGUACAACGCGUGGGGAUCGCGCUGUGAAGUGUGUCGCAGCGUGAGACCACCCCACGCCACUACGCUGGCUCCCACGCCACAACCCAAUACUAGGUAUGAUGUGUAACCUAACCUAACCUAAUACUUGGUAUGAUUUCCUAAUAC